AAUUUCUCUUUCUCCAUCACUCUCUCAUUCUUUAUGAAAAAGUUAUAUUCUUCUGGAAAUAGCAACACCAAAAAAAGAAAAGAAAAAAAGUAGACUAGAAUGUUUUAUUCUUUUGAUCUAAACUAAGUUUUACUACUUCACUCUCUUGCAAAAACAGAGCAAAAAACAGAGCAAAAACAGAGGAAAUAUGGGAGGGGUAACCUCAUCAAUGGCAGCAAAGUUUGCAUUUUUCCCACCGAACCCACCAACUUACAAGGUGGUAACAGAUGAAAUUACAAGUCUUUUGCUGUUAAACCCAUUCCCACACCGUGAAAAUGUAGAAAUCUUGAAGCUGCCAACCCGAAAAGGAACUGAGAUAGUUGCUAUGUAUAUUAGGCAUCCUAUGGCUACUUCUACUCUUCUUUACUCUCAUGGUAACGCCGCCGAUCUGGGUCAGAUGUAUGAGCUUUUCAUCGAAUUAAGCAUCCAUUUGAGAGUUAAUCUCAUGGGGUAUGACUACUCCGGAUAUGGACAAUCUUCUGGAAAGCCAAGUGAACAGAAUACUUAUGCAGAUAUUGAAGCUGUAUAUAAGUGUCUUGAAGAAAGUUAUGGCACCAAGCAAGAAGAUAUUAUACUUUACGGGCAAUCUGUCGGCAGUGGCCCCACCUUAGAUCUCGCUGCCCGAUUGCCUCAGCUACGAGCUGUUGUUCUGCAUAGUCCCAUACUCUCAGGCUUAAGAGUCAUGUAUCCUACCAAGCGUACAUACUGGUUUGACAUUUAUAAGAAUAUUGACAAAAUUCCACUAGUUGAUUGUCCUGUUCUUAUAAUUCAUGGAACUUCAGAUGAAGUUGUCGAUUGCUCCCAUGGUAAACAACUCUGGGACCUCUGUAAAGAGAAGUACGAACCACUCUGGCUCAAAGGAGGCAACCAUUGCGACUUAGAGCACUUUCCGGAGUAUAUCAGGCAUUUGAAGAAGUUUGUAUCUACUGUUGAGAAAUCAAAUUCUCAAAGAUACAAGUCAAGGAGAAGCACAGACCAGUUUGAACAAUCCCGUAAGAGUACAGAUAUAUUCGAGGUUUCGAGGAAAAGUACAGACCGGAGGGACAAACCAAGGCAUAGUACCGACAGGCAUGAGAAAUCGAAAACUCAGUCCGACAAGCUAGAAAAGCUCAAAAAUCCGUCCAAUAAUGCCGAGAAGCUAGAAAAAUUCCGGUUGUCUUUCGAUCAACUAGAAAGAUCUCGUAGAAGUGUUGAUAGCCAUGAGAAGUCUCGGAAAAGCAUGGAACACCAACUUGAAAGAGCACGGAAAAGUGUAGACAGGUUGGAAAGAAUACGAACUGGUUAAUAUUUAAUUACCAAUUGCACAAAUAUAUGCAGGGGUUUGGUGUUGUGGGCAAUUUUUUGGGUUUCUUGUCUAAUUUAUAUGGUUUUCUGGCAGUGUAAUUGGCUUGUGUUAUUUCUAUAGUAACUAAGGCAUGAAAUGAGAAAAGGUUUGCUGUUA